ACACCUUCCUCACUCUUCUCACUUUUCUCUUUCACCUUCCUCAUCAAUGGCUCCACUCUUACUACUCUUCUUUCUUGUCACUGUUCCGGCAUUCACUGUUGUUAAUUGCAAUACAAUGGUGAGUGGUACCGUAUUUUGCGACCAAUGUUUAGACGGCCGUCUCUCCUUUUUCGACUACCCGCUUUCAGGCGCCAAAGUUGCAGUAACAUGCAACGGAACUGUACCGGGGAUCACCGGAGAAGCAAACAGUAACUGGGCCGGUAACUGGGCGGUGAGGUUUGAAGGGAGGCCGGACCUGAGUGGUUGUGAGGCCAAGGUGGUGGCGGCGCCGGCCGGAUGUCCGGCGGCGGUGGCGCAGGGGAGAGGGCUGAGCUUAGUGUUUGACAUGUUUGGAAUGGAGCUCUAUGCUGUUGGUCCUUUGUUUGCUCAGCCCACUAAGCCCAUGAGGCUUUGCCGCCGUGGAAAGCCCUCUCCGGCACCGGUUUUUUGGCCUCGGCCGCCUGUUCAAACGCCAGCGCCACCGCCUCCGCCGCCGCAGAUGCUGCCGUUGUUGCCGCCGCCCAACGGCUCGCCGGCGCCGGUGCCUUUCUUUGAGGCUUCUGCUUGUCCUUUUUACAAAUGGAUGAUGCCGGAAUACAAAUGUUACUGGAAAGUGUUGCAACCAGAGAUGCCGGUGGCACUGGCUUUCGGCCCGGUGGCUGCCGGAAAGUAUGGUACUCGCAUGACCUUAUGGCAAGGACUUCAUGGAAGGGGUGACCUUUACCAAACCCUAUUAAGGGAAGGGAUUACAGCAUUGUUGAACUCUUACCAUAGUGCCACCUUCCUCUACCCUACACUCACUGUUAUUAGUGACAUGAACUUGGCUUUGCUUGGCUCUCAAAGGCAGGCUCUUACAAUGGCACUUAGAUUCAGGAGAGCCAAUUCUGGCUUUGUUUCAGGUCAUAACUUUAUCACAUGCAAUUUCAAUGCUUGUUCUUGAUGUGUGUUUUGUUUUUGAAUUUGUGAUCUUAUGGUUUAUAUGUGGGACUAAAAUGUAUUUUGGAUGAGGGUUUACUUAUUGUCAUAUAUAUUAUUAUAUAUGGAAUAAUGUUAAUUA